CAUUUGCUCUAAAAUCCACUUGUGUGUGCUUUUUACAUUUUCCAAGCAGCUCCCAAUCCCCAUCUCCCGCCUUGUCUCCGCCAUUUUUCUUCCCACUUUAAGAAACUAAUCAGAAAUCACUUCCAUGAACACAGAAUGGCAUAGCAAAUGCCAUCAACGAGCAUGUUUUCCCCUGAAUUUCUACCUCACACCCUCCCCUUCACCAACCCAUCCAAGCCCACCUACCAAACGCAUUCCAAUUCCCUCCUCAGUUGCAGAAUCCCCAGAAUCUGUCUCAGAAAUGGCGCAUCUGCUGGAACCAGACAGCCCCAUCUCCCCAUUUUCGACAACAGAGAGACCCAUUUGAUGAAACUUCUCAACAGAUCCUGCAGGGCUGGGAAACACAACGAGUCGCUCUACUUUCUUGAAAGCGUGGUCAGUAAAGGCUUCAAGCCCGAUGUUGUGCUCUGUACCAAGCUCAUCAAAGGGUUCUUCAAUUCGAGGAAUUUGAAGAAAGCUGUUCGGGUCAUGGAGAUUUUGGAAAGGUAUGGGGACCCAGAUGUUUAUUCUUACAAUGCUAUGAUUAGUGGGUUUAGUAAAGCCAACCAAAUUGAGUCUGCAAACGAGGUGUUUGAUAGAAUGCGCAGCAGAGGAUUUUCCCCUGAUGUUGUUACUUAUAAUAUAAUGAUUGGGAGUUUGUGUAGUAGAGGGAAGCUUGAGCUUGGUUUUGAAGUCAUGGAUGAGCUUCUGAAAGAUGGGUGUAAGCCAUCUGUUAUUACUUACACAAUUCUUAUCGAUGCCACCAUUCUUGAAGGUCGGAUCGAUGACACUCUUGAGCUGUUCGACGAAAUGCUCUCGAGGGGCCUUCGUCCCGACAUGUAUACAUACAAUGCCAUCAUUAGGGGAAUCUGCAAGGAAGGGAUGGAGGAUCGAGCCGUGGCGUUCAUCCGUGAUUUGGCUGCAAGAGGGUGCAAUCCAGAUGUAAUUUCGUACAACAUUCUGCUGCGUUCUUUUCUAAACAAAAGAAGGUGGGAAGAGGGAGAGAAGCUCAUGAAAGACAUGGUUUUAAGUGGAUGUGAACCAAAUGUGGUUACUCACAGCAUUUUGAUCAGUUCACUAUGUCGGGAAGGGAAAGUCGGGGAGGCGGUGAAUGUGUUGAAGGUGAUGAAGGAGAAGGGGUUAACCCCAGAUGCAUAUAGCUAUGAUCCUCUGAUUUCUGCCUUCUGCAAAGAAGGGAGAUUGGAUUUAGCCAUAGAGUUUUUGCACAAAAUGUUCUCUGAUGGCUGUUUGCCUGAUAUUGUAAACUACAAUACAAUUUUGGCUACUCUGUGUAAAUUUGGAAGUGCUGAUAAGGCUUUAGACAUCUUUGAGAAGCUAGAGGAAGUGGGUUGCCCUCCAAAUGUCAGCUCCUACAACACCAUGUUCAGUGCACUUUGGAGCUGUGGGAACAAGAUCAAAGCUCUAGAAAUGAUAUCAGAAAUGAUAAGCAAAGGGAUCGACCCCGACGAGAUAACAUACAAUUCGCUGAUUUCGUGCUUGUGUCGGGACGGAUUGGUCGAUGAGGCUGUUGGGUUGUUGGUAGACAUGGAAUCCACCAGCUUCAAGCCAACAGUGAUAAGCUUCAACAUUGUCCUUCUGGGAAUGUGCAAAGCACAUAGGAUUCUUGAAGGCAUUGAAUUGCUGAUAACAAUGGUCGAGAAGGGUCGCCUACCGAACGAAACUAGCUAUGUCUUGUUGAUCGAGGGGAUCGCUUAUGCCGGGUGGCGAGCGGAGGCAAUGGAGCUGGCCAACUGUUUGUACAGAUUGGGAGUUAUUUGUGAGGACUCUUCGAAGCGUUUGAACAAGACAUUUCCAAUGCUUGGCGUUUAUAAAGGGCUAAGCUUAUCAGGAAUCAAAAACUAGCUCUUGCCAAGUUGUUUUUUACUACAAAAAUUUCGAGUUGUGGCCAUUUUUGUGAAACAAUUUGAAAGAAAAAUGAUUCUGAUUGUUUUCCUGUUGA